AUGAGUAAACCACAGAUUCUUUUGUUGGGUGAAAUUGACCAUGCCAAGAAGGAAUGGAGUGAACUUUCCAAUAUCGCAAUGAUGGCUUUGAGAAAGAACCAAUGGAAGGGGACUUCAGCACCACCUCUUGGUCACGAUCCUCAAGGCAAAGUCCUCGGUAUCUUGGGAAUGGGUGGUAUCGGACGAAAUCUCAUGAAGAAGGCAACUGCUUUCGGCAUGACCUGUCAAUAUCACAACCGUACAAAACUUUCGGAAGAAUUGAGCGGAGGUGCUAAAUACGUUAGCUUUGAUGAAUUACUGGCUACCAGUGAUGUUCUAUCCUUGAAUUUGCCUUUGAACAAAAACACUCGCCACAUCAUUUCCACUGAGGAAUUCAAGAAAAUGAAGAAGGGUGUUGUCAUCACCAACACAGCCAGAGGUGCAGUAAUGAAUGAAGAUGCUUUGGUGAAGGCACUUGAAUCUGGUCAAGUCUGGUCAGCAGGUUUAGAUGUUUUCGAAGAGGAGCCAAAGGUUCAUCAAGGAUUGAUUGACAACCCACAUGUCAUGUUGAUACCACAUAUGGGAACAUAUACUGUCGAGACUCAAACCAAGAUGGAGGUCUGGUGUAUCGACAACGUACGAAGUGCAAUUGAGAAGGGCAAGUUGAUGAGCCCAGUAGGAGAGCAAAAAGAUAUGUAG